AUGAACUUGCACGGGAGAAGAGGGCUAACAUCUUUCUUCUUUCUGCAUCUCGGAAUCUAUCUUGCUCUCAAUAUGCAUAGUUCACGAGCCGACGCCUUUUGGAUUGCUAAUCUUAACAUAUCGUUUCGUUUAGGGAAUCAGACUGUGUGGGAGAUCACAGAAAAUGGGGUAUUUGCCAAAGCCUCUCCUUUGAAGAAGGUGUCCGGAGUUGUGGUACCUCCAGAGGAGCCACAUCAAAAUGCCUGCAGUUCGGUAACACAUUUUAAUAAGCCAGUAAAUGCGGACAGCUGGAUAGCUCUCAUCAUGAGGGGACAUUGUUCAUUUACAAGAAAAAUAAGUGUGGCUGUAGCGAAGGGAGCUGUUGGUGUGAUCAUUUAUAAUUAUCCGGGUACAGGUAACAAUGUGUUUCCUAUGUUUAACUUUGGUGCAGAAGAUACUGUAGCAGUUAUGAUCGGUAACCUGAAAGGCAUGGACCUCUUGCAUUUGAUUCAGAAUGGCAUCCAAGUGAUGGUAACAAUUGAAGUGGGAAAGCAUUAUUACCCAUGGCUAACUCAUUAUAUGGGUACCAUUUUUGUCUUUGCCUCAGUCGCUGUGGCAUAUUUCACCUUCUACUGUGCUGCUAGGCUCCGGAGAUCAAGGGAUCCAACUGAGAGGUGCCAGCAAAUACUUGAUAUUAAUAAGGCCAUGAAACAUCUUGAACUUCGCACAUUAACAGAGUCUGACAAGGAAGUUGGAUCAAAUGGAGAGAGCUGUGCAGUGUGUUUAGAAAUGUACAAGCCUAAAGAUGUAGCUCGUGUUUUGCACUGCCGACAUCUUUUCCACAAAACCUGUGUUGAUCCUUGGCUUUUAAAGCACCAGACGUGCCCUGUGUGCAAGUGGGACAUGCUUGGAACAGUGGAAAGUGUUACAACAGAAGCAGAGCCUUUGGGUACUCCAGCAGCAAAUGAAACGCCUUCCAUCAUCAGCUCUGCUAAUGAAGAAGACCGUCAAGAAGCACAUGCAGGAAUGCAAAAAGGCACAAAGGCACAACCUGGAAGCAAAUAACCUCUCCCAUUCUGGUCGCUUCAUUCUUAAGGCUCAAGCUUAAGUGUGUGUGAAAUAAAAGUUUUACUGCAUCCGCACAGUUUUUUCCAAGUUCUGUUUAACAUCUGUAUGAGCCAUUGAGAGUGAUAAUUUAGGGAUAUGGGCCUUCAGUAUGUGGUGAUUCACAGCUCUUAUUUCUCAAAAAGAAUUAGCAACAUGUGGUCCUUGAAAUAUAUUGGCCUACAGCUCUCAUGAUUCCUCACCUGCCCAGGCCUGAUGAAAGCUGUCUGCCAUCCGGAAGAUCAGAAAUAGUUGUCCUCUCCUCUUUAAUACCUGAACUGGAUAUGGUCUAGAAGGCCCUGGAUGCAGUGGCCAGCUUGAUGAGGGCUAAUACACUUUGAAUUCUGGAAAAGCAGAAGCAGCACAGGUAGGUUACAGAUGUAGAAAAAAAGUCAGUUCUCUGUUCUACAUGGGAUUGCAAUCCCUAUGAAAGAACAGAUGUAUAAAUUGGGGGUGUUCGUCUCUGUCACCAGAUGCGCAACUGUUCUUGGUUGCUAGAAGUACCUUUCAUCUGUUUCAGCUGGUACAUCAACUACAUCCAUUCUUGGCUGACUUGCCCAUGAAGCUGGGUAAGUCACUGGUAAUCUCGAGUGGAUCAUUGCAAUGUUCUGUAUAUGAAACUACCCUUGGGUUUGGCCUGGAACUUGCAGCUGGUGCAGAAUGUCACUGCAAGGUUGCUGAAGGAGACUUCCUUUCAUCAGUGUGUUGCACCUUUUCUACAAAUUGCACUGACAUCCAAUAAGCUGCUGGGAAAAAUAU